CUCUCUCUGCCCGCAGCCCCCCGAGCGUACCUGCUGGCCUCCAGCCCCUCCCCCUUCUCCUCCUCCUCCCCCGAGAACGUGGAAGACUCUGGCCUGGACUCCCCCCCGCACCUGGCCACGGGGCCCUCCCCGGACCCCCGCCUGUGGAGCUCCCGGCCGGCCACGCCCCUGAGCCCCCCGGGCCAGAGGACCCCCAAGGGGCCCCUGGUGUUCCGGGGCGGCCGUGGGGCCCUCCUGCCCGAGGAGAGGCCCAACCCCUGGCUGCCCCAGCCCUCCGCCCCCCAGGACGCCCGCUUGGGGGCAGAGCCAGACUAUGCCAUGUCCGGGGCCUCCUGGCCCCCUGCAGGGGCCCGGGCCUUCUCCACCUGCUCCCCUGACCUCUUCUCCUCGGAGGCCGGGCUGGGGGGCCGGCGGCUCUGGGCCUCCCGACCUCGGAGCCCGGCAGCCUUGGAUGGGGCCCCUCGUACUGGGGAGCGCGACAGCUGCCUCUCUUCCAACUCGGCCUCCUCUUCCUCCUCCUCUCCGGCCCCCCUCAGCAGCGGGGACUCCACCAGCCCCUCUCCCUGGGCCCCCCGGGGCCGCGACCUGGACAGCAGGGGCCCCUCUGCCUCCGAUGCCUCCUCUGAGCAUGCUGCCUUUCCCCCUUCGGCCCCCCACGCCUGGCCCCCCAUGGCGGCUCCUGUCCGGCGAACCCUCUCCAAGAGGCCCUCGGCCAUGUCGGCCAGCAGCCUCGGGGCCGAGACGCCCCGCUCCUUCAGCCCAGCCCCCCUGUCUGCUCUGACCUCCUCCCAAAGCACCUCGGCCCUGACGGAGCGCGGCCUCUUCACGCCCAGCGAGCAGCCGCACCAGCCGCCAGCCCUGGGCGUCUCCCGUGGACCCUCCCCCGUGGUGCUGGGCUCCCAGGGCGCCCUUCCCGUGGCCACGGCCUUCACGGAGUACAUCCACGCUUACUUCAAGGGCCAGAAGGCGGACAGCAGCUGCCUCGUCAAAGUGACCGGGGAGCUGACCAUGUCCUUCCCGGCGGGCAUCGUCCGGGUCUUCAGCAGCGCCCCGUCCCCGCCAGUCCUCAGCUUCCGCCUGCUGCACACAGCGCCCAUCGAGCAGUUCCUGCCCAACGCCAGCCUGCUCUUCAGUGACUCCUCUCAGAGCGACCCCAGCCGGAGGGACUUCUGGCUCAACAUGGCCGCCCUGACCGGGCACCUCCAGAAGCAGGCCGAGCAGUCGGGGGCCGCCCCGUAUUACAACGUGACGCUACUCAGAUACCAGUACUCCCGGCAGGGGCCACAGUGGGCCCCCCUGCAGCUGUCGGUCAGCUGGGAGUGCGGCCCGGAGGCCACCCGGGUGAGCGUGGACUACCGCUACAACGCCUCCGCCCUGGCCUCGCCUGUGGCCCUCACCAACGUGCAGGUGCUGCUGCCCAUCGAGGAGCCCGUGGCCAACGUCCAGCCCCAGCCCAAGGCCUGCUGGAACCUGGAGGAGAAGCGCCUGCUCUGGCGGCUCCUGGACGUGCCCAGCACCCAGGGCCAGGGAGGGUCCGGCCGCCUCCUGGCCAGCUGGGAGCCCUUGGACGGACCCAGCAGGCCCUCCCCAGUGGCCGCCCAGUUCACCAGUGAGGGCAGCACCGUCUCGGGAGCCGACGUGGAGCUGGUGGGCAGCGGCUACCGGAUGUCGCUGGUGAAGAAGAGGUUUGCCACAGGUGAGGCUCCUGCCAGGUGGGCCUCCUGGGCGUGGCUGCUGGCCCAGAGGGAGGUGCUGGUGUGGCUCAGCCCCCCCCCCCUCUUGAAGACAGACCGUUUGGCCAGGGAGGUUCGAAGGAGGGGGGCCAACAAGGAACAGCCCCCCUCAAUGGGGGGGGGGUACGACCUCAUCCGCCUGCAGUCUUCAACAGGGUCCUUUGGGCAGCUCUGCAAGUGGCCUGAAGGACCCCCUGGAGGGACGCGAAGGACCCGCGUUGUCUGCCAGGAGUGCAAAUCCCUCCCCUCCAUCCG